GAUGGCGGCCGCGCGGCUCUGCGGGUUACUGUGGCUCCUCUGCAGCUCACACGGCGGCUUCUCCCCAUCAAACCAAGUUAAUCUGUUAGACACUGGAUCGAUAUCAGGGGAUUGGGGGUGGCUGACGUACCCGCACAAUGGGUGGGAUGCAAUCAGUGAGAUGGAUGAGUACUUCACUCCUAUCCACACGUACCAGGUCUGCAAUGUCAUGUCUCCCAACCAGAACAACUGGCUAAGGACUAACUGGAUCCAGAGGAACGGGGCGCGGCGGAUAUAUGUUGAGAUAAAAUUCACGCUUCGAGACUGCAACAGCAUGCCAGGGGUGGUGGGCACGUGCAAGGAGACCUUCAAUUUGUAUUACUUUGAGUCUGACAGGGAUGUUGGCAGCAAUGUGUGGGAGAGUCAUUUCGUGAAGAUUGACACGGUGGCAGCUGACGAGAGCUUUACCAGCGUGGACCUGGGCGUCCGACGGCUCAAGCUGAACACUGAGGUCCGCGGAGUGGGGCCGUUAAGCCAACGAGGCUUCUACUUGGCUUUCCAGGAUAUAGGGGCCUGCAUUGCCAUCGUGUCCGUGAGGGCUUACUACAAGAUGUGUCCGGCUGUGGUGAGGAACCUCGCCGUGUUCCCUGACGCGGUGACUGGGGCCGACACGUCUUCUCUGGUGGAGGUGCGAGGCCGGUGCGUGGACAACGCCGAAGAGAGAGAGCCCCCAAAAAUGUACUGCAGUGCUGAGGGCGAGUGGCUGGUCCCCAUCGGCAAGUGUGUCUGCAGCUCGGGCUACGAGGGACAGAGAGACAGCUGUCAGGGCUGUGACCCUGGAUUCUUCAAGUGGAUCUCUGGGGACCUGUUGUGUGCCAGGUGCCCCUUUCACAGCCGUUCUGACACUCCAGGCUCUCUGUUCUGCCAGUGUGACACCAGCUACUAUCGAGCUACCUCAGACCCACCAACUGCCCCGUGUACCCGGCCACCCUCCGCUCCAUUGAAUGCCGUUUCUAAUGUGAACGGGACCUCGGUGAGGCUGGACUGGAGCUCGCCCGCGAGCAGCGGAGGCCGGGGGGACGUCCGCUACAACGUGAUGUGCAGGAAGUGCAGCAGGGAGGCCAUCCAGUGUGAGGCCUGCGGGAACCACAUCCGAUUUGUCCCUCGGCAACUGGGCCUGGAGGAGCCAUCAGUCAGCGUCCUGCACCUCCUGGCACAUAACAACUACACCUUCAACAUCCAGGCUGUCAACGGGGUGUCUGAUCUCAGCCUGGAGCCCAGGCAGUUCACCUCGGUUAAUAUCACCACAAACCAGGCAGCUCCGUCGGAGAUCUUAAUCAUCAGACAGGAGAACAGCAGCCAGGACAGCGUGACUCUGCUGUGGCUGGAGCCCGAUCAUCCCAACGGCAUCAUCCUCGAAUACGAGAUCAAGUACUUCGAGAAGGAUAAAGAGCAGCAGACGUACUCCACCCUGAAGUCCAGGGGAACGAGUGUGACCAUCUCCAGCCUGAAACCAGGGACCCGCUACGUGUUCCAGGUUCGGGCUCGCACUUCAGCCGGGUGUGGCCACUUUAGCCAGACGGUCGAGUUUGAAACGGGCAAAGCAGUGGGGCUGCGCUACAAGACCAGCACCAUUGUGUGGAUCUGCGCGGCUCUGGUUACUGGGCUCAUCAUCCUCCUCGCAAUGUGUGUCUGUAGGAACAGGAGCUGUGGCUACAGUAAGGCCUUUCAGGAAGCCGAUGAGGAAAAGAUGCACUAUCAGAAUGGGCAUCUCGGAUUACCGGACCUGAAGAUUUACGUGGACCCGCACACGUACGAGGACCCCAGGCAAGCGGUCCACGAGUUUGCUCGAGAAAUAGAAGCCUCGCGAAUAAAAAUUGAGAAAGUUAUUGGCUCGGGUGAGUUUGGCGAAGUUUGUUACGGUCGGCUGAAGUUGCCCGGCAAACGAGAGGUCCCUGUGGCUCUGAAGACCCUGAAAUCUGGCUACACAGAGAAGCAGUGGAGAGAUUUCCUGAGCGAGGCCAGUAUCACUGGGCAGUUUGACCAUCCCAACAUCAUCCGCCUGGAGGGAGUGGUCACCAAGACUAAACCAGCGAUGAUCGUAGCGGAGUACAUGGAGAAUGGAUCUCUGGAUUCAUUUCUGAGGAGACAUGACGGACAGUUCACUGUAAUCCAGCUGGUGGGAAUGCUGCGUGGGAUAGCUGCCGGGAUGAGCUAUCUCUCGGACUUGGGAUACAUCCACAGGGAUCUCGCUGCUCGUAACAUCCUCGUUAACAGUAACCUGGUGUGUAAGGUGUCGGACUUUGGCCUCUCCCGGAGCCUGGAGGAUGAUCCGGACGCAGCUUACACAACCACUGGGGGAAAGAUCCCGAUUCGAUGGACCGCCCCGGAGGCCAUUGCUUUCCGCAAGUUCUCCUCGGCCAGUGACGUGUGGAGCUACGGGGUGGUCAUGUGGGAGGUGACCUCUUAUGGAGAGCGACCGUAUUGGAAUAUGACCAACCGUGAUGUAAUCAAGUCGGUGCAGGAAGGCUAUCGCCUCCCGGCUCCGAUGGGCUGCCCCACGGCUCUGCACCAGCUCAUGCUCGACUGCUGGGAGAAGGACCGCAACGAGAGGCCCAGAUUCCUUCAGAUUGUCAGUGUCCUGGACAAGCUCAUUAGGAACCCUGACUGCCUCAAGAUCAUUGAUACCACAAGCAGGCUGCAUACCACACUCCUGAAUGGGACCAUUCCUGACUUUACCCGCUGUGGCUCUGUGGAUGAAUGGUUGGAGAUUAUUAAAAUGGGACGAUAUAGAGACAACUUUGCAGCUGCGGGCUAUCUAUCACUCGGCCUAGUGAUAAGAAUGAAUUUCGAAGAUGUCCGGAGGCUAGGAAUAACUUUGAUGGGACAUCAGAAGAAGAUUCUGAGCAGCAUCCAGAUCAUGAGAGCACAGCUGAUGUGUAUGAGCGGGCCUGGUGUUCACGUAUAGCCAGACAGAGGCAACAACCUAUUGCACAGUUAACAACAGGAUUCCAUGUAAUAAGGCUCUUGGAAAUCUC